GGAAAGGGAAGGAAAGAGAGAAUCUAAUUGUAUGGAAAGGAUGCUGGACUUUUAUGGCGUAAAGAAGCUGACUGCCACUCAUGUUUCCAGCAAAGAGAUGUCCCCCUCCUCCACCCCUGCAGAAUGGGAAAAUGGAUUUUGAAGAGUUUCAAUACCAGAGUACUGUAACUUCUUCAUGUGAUCCAGGCCAAAACCUUGUCGGGUCAAGAACAAGCCAGUGCAUGGCAGAUGGAAAGUGGACUGGAACUGCUCCACAGUGUCAACUUUGAAUGUGUCCCUCCUCUCACCUUGAUUGGGAACAAGACAGCUACCUGCAUGGCCAAUGGCACGUGGAGCAGCAUUCCAGUGUGCAAGGUUGUCACCUGCCCCACUCCAAUAGGAAUAGAGAAUGGGUUCAUAGAGUUUGCUGUGCGCAGAACCUAUCACUACAAUGAGAGUGUCAGCUUUGGCUGCCAGCCCGGCUUCGCGAUGGAGGGAUCCAAACAUUCCUGCUGUGAGAACACUGGAAACUGGUCCACAAAGCCAGCCUGCAGAGCACCAUGUAAAAUACCAGUUAAGAAAGUGGUAGUAUUGUACAAUGGUGAGAAAAAGAGAGUUCAAAAUGACCUGAAGGAUGGCAUUCUGCACAGGGAAACAUCCUUCUUCUGCAAGAACAAGGAAAAAUCCUGUGCCUACACUGUAGAUGUGGCAUGUGUGGAUGGCAACUUCACCCUCCCUGCCUGUUUUAAAGAACGUGGCUUUUCAACUCUGGUGAAGAAAGACCCCUCAGACAUGAAAGCAUGUGAAGAUGAAGCUUGAAGCAGAGAAAUAAACCAGUACUAAAUUUCUGCCUUACUGAGACAGAAAAUUCCAUAUACAAGAGGAAAACUUAGGUCCUGUGAGUGUAACUUGGGUCUUGUAAAUGUAACUCAGGUCCUGCAAGUGUAAAUUUCCAGGUGAACUCCAGAAUCUGUGAAUGCUUUCUUCUCUCCCCACCAUCCCCUCCAGUCUCUUCCACAAGCUGCAACACAUCAUUUCAGCCAUUAACUUCCACUCUCUUGUCUCUGCCUUCUUCCAAAUCCCUGCACUAGUGCUUCUCUUUCCACAUUUCCAACAUUUAUGCAACUGUAAAUGACCUCCUCAAUAGCAGUUGCUUUACAGUAAAGUCAUUUUCAGCCA